AGAUCCUCAGUCUUGUAGUCUUCUUAUCGCGUCUCUCGUAUUUACGGUGUUUUUUUUGGUUGUUGUUGUUGUUGUUGUUGUUUUUAUUAACCCUGUUGUCCCUCUCAGGCACCAUUGAGCCUCCGGAGCAGCCCAGAAUGCCGAACAUUAAGAUUUUCAGCGGGAGCUCGCAUCCGGAUUUAUCUCAGAAGAUUGCUGAUCGCUUGGGGCUGGAGCUCGGAAAGGUGGUGACGAAAAAAUUUAGCAACCAGGAGACAUGCGUAGAGAUUGGGGAGAGUGUGCGUGGAGAAGAUGUGUACAUCAUCCAGAGUGGGUGUGGUGAGAUAAAUGACAAUUUGAUGGAGUUGUUAAUCAUGAUAAACGCGUGUAAAAUAGCCUCAGCGUCCCGAGUGACGGCCGUCAUCCCCUGCUUCCCCUACGCCCGCCAGGACAAGAAGGAUAAGGUGGGGAGUCGUGCCCCGAUUUCUGCUAAGCUGGUGGCAAAUAUGCUCUCUGUAGCAGGAGCAGAUCACAUUAUAACCAUGGACCUACACGCAUCCCAAAUACAGGGCUUUUUCGACAUUCCUGUAGACAAUCUGUACGCUGAGCCGGCCGUUCUCAAGUGGAUCAGAGAAAAUAUAAACGACUGGAAAAACUGCACCGUCGUUUCUCCAGAUGCUGGUGGAGCUAAGAGGGUGACCUCCAUAGCAGAUCGUCUGAACGUGGACUUUGCCCUGAUCCAUAAGGAGAGGAAGAAGGCGAACGAAGUGGAUCGCAUGGUUCUGGUUGGGGACGUCAAAGAUAGAGUCGCCAUCUUAGUGGACGACAUGGCGGACACGUGUGGGACAAUCUGCCAUGCUGCCGAGAAGUUAGUGUCUGCCGGUGCGACUAAAGUCUACGCCAUUCUGACACACGGGAUCUUCUCAGGCCCUGCCAUCUCUCGCAUAAACAAUGCCAACUUCGAGGCUGUGGUGGUGACCAACACGAUUCCACAAGAGGACAAGAUCACACAAUGUGACAAGAUCCAGGUGAAUGACAUCUCAAUGAUUUUGGCUGAAGCGAUCAGACGAACCCACAACGGAGAGUCGGUGUCCUACCUGUUCAGUCACGUACCUUUAUAACACACACACACACACACACACACACACACACAUAAGAUAAGAUAUACCUUUAUUCGUCCCACAAUGGGGAAAUUUCUCUGUUACAACAGCAAAAUAUAUCGUCGCUGUCAGACGGAAUCUUUGUGUCUCCAAAACCGUUAGUUUUCAGGAAAUUAAAUUAAAUAAAAUUAAAAAAACGCCGUACCUUAUCAGCAGUGCACAGGGUUUAGUCCGCGUUGCAGUGGAUUGUCUUGCGCUAAAUUCCUGUCCUCAGACGAGCACCAGAACUAGCGGGGGUCAAGAUUUUUUUUUCUUUGAGCCCAGUGUUUUGAAGACAUUUACCUCAGAAGACGUGUUGAUUCGUUGCGACUCUUCUUGAGGAGAAAUAUGCCGUGAAGCUCUCACACGGAGUGAGGAAGAGGUGGACAGUUGAAGUGUCCAAUGGAGUUAUGAGAUUUGCGCUCAAGCUAUUUUCAAGACUUUAGAUUGGUUAAUAACUUGUAAAAAUAACAGACCCACGUGGGGACUGACCAAUAGCAUCGAUAUGUGAAAAAAUAUGAAACGGACCAAAUUUGGACAUACGAGGUUUCCGCCCGACAGCGACGAUAUAUAUAUAUAUAAAGAAUAAAUACACUUCCUUGUCAACAUUUAAAUAUAAUACAAAUACAUUAACCUGUUAAAUAAUAACUAUCCUCCUCACACUCUGGUAUCAUAAACGUGUCCCUUUGUUAAAUAGUUUAUAAGGUUUUGCACCUAAAUGUUUUGACGUCACAUUUUCCUGAUGAACUCCAAAAUAGCAGCCGUUAAAUAAACCAGAUUUAUUUUAGUGCCGUCUGUAGUUUAAAUGGAAUAAAUGUAUUUAAUUUAUUUUGAACUCUAGUUUGAAUUUGGAGCAUUGGGGGAGGAGUUAUACCACAAAUAAACCUGUUCAUUUUUUAUUUCAUAACAUUAGAAAUGUUCUAUUUUUGUAUGAAUUUGGUUUAGUUGUUAAAUGUUUUAUGUUAUUUGUCUUUUAUGUUUACAUUCUGUUCCAAAGAGAAUCUGUAUGUUCGCAAGUGCCUUUUGCUGAUCACACACACACACACACACACACACACACACACACACACACACAGUCACAUGCUCACUCACACACUCUCACUCAGACACACACACACACUCACUCACACACACAUACACACACAGUCACACUCUCACUCACACACUCUCACUCAGACACACACACACUCUCACUCACACACACAUACACUCACACACUCACACACACUCACUCACACACACACACAGUCACACUCUCACUCACACUCACACACUCUCACUCACACACACUCACACACACACAUACACACACAGUCACACUCUCACUCACACACUCUCACUCAGACACACACACACUCUCACACACAUACACUCAAACACACACUCACUCACACACACACACUCACACACACACACUCUCACUCACACUCACACACUCUCACUCACACACACACACACACACACACACAGUCACACUCUCACUCACACACUCUCACUCAGACACACAUACACUCACACACUCACACACACACACACACACACACACACUCUCUCUCUCACUCACACACACACACACACACACACACACUCUCACUCACACACACUCUCACUCACUCAAACACACACACACACACAAACACACACAUACACACACACACUUGCAUGCUCUGUGCUCGUUUCUUAAACAUGGUGGAUGGACCGAACUGCAUAACAGUUAAUCAUACUCCUUCCUCCACUAAUCAAAUGUCAGCAUGUAACUAACUGAAUGCAGUACAAUAAAUCAUCUCAAAUUCUGUGUGACUCCUGAAA